CCUACUCCUCCACCAAAAGACACACCCGUCACUCAAGCGCAGAGCCUCGAUGGUACCGAGACGGAGGAACAAAUUGAUGUUGCGUCGUACUUUACGCGACGCAGCCACAUCGCCCGCGCAGCCUCUAUCUACACGCUCUCCCGCGUAUCUUUUACGAACCAAAUACAGCAAUUAACUUCCAUCUCCCUCCCACCCGCCGCCUCUCUUUCCUCCAGCAUCUCCGCCAUCCCCACUUCAACCGCCGCUGGAAGGGCCUUGCAUGACGCUGCAGGACAAAUCAGACUAUGGAUGACCAAAGCGUCCGAAGUUCUAAACGGACUAGAUGCAGAAGAUGACGUCGAAUGGGCUGCCGCUGCAGGGCGAGAAGGUCUAGCCGAGGUAGAUAUUGCAAUUGGUCGGUUUGAAAGUCUAGUCAACGUCUACAUCACCGCCAUCGAGGAAUUGCAAUCACGAUCAGAUAUCGCAAGCCUGCCUGCUAAGGCAUUGGAAGGGCUUAUGGGACAAAUGGACGAGGUGGUCCGCGACUGGAAUAAGAUCAAAAAGACCUUGAAAGAAAUCAAGAGCCAAGUCGAGAUUGCAAUGGAAUGGGAAGAACUUUGGAACAUUGUCUUGGGAGAGAUUGGUCUCGAGAUUGAGAACUUGAGCCGACUGGUAUUUGAGAUGGAGGAACGUCGACAUCGAGCCAUCACCGAGUCCGUCUCUGAGUCUGCCGAGAAGUUUGACAUUGCCGAAUUAGAGACCAUCGUGGAAGAGACCCCGCGACAAAUCAAGACGAAUAACCGAUUCAGUCUUCCCCCUACCUUUUCGGUCAGCUCCCCCAUUUCGCCAAUUCCGCAGAUGGAACAAGAAAGUUCAAAGCUACUAGCUUUAUUCGCCCGCAUGCAACCACUACGAGCGUCUCUCGAUUUUCUCCCCAUGCGACUAGCGUCGUUCCAGAAUAGGGGUGCCAAAGUGUUCCCCACGGCUUGUGAUGAUCUAAACCGGCGCAAAGAAAUCUUGGAAGCCCAGGAGAAGCAAUUGGAAGCUGAUGCCGAUGCACUACGACAAGAACUUGGCGAAGAUAAAUGGGUGCACAGUUUCAGACAAGCAGGCAGUAAGGCACUGGCUAUGUGGACGUCACUCACAAAGAGUGUCCAAAAAGUACGACAGGCCAUCGACGAACAGGACGACGAAAAGCUGGCUAGUAGGAUCUCUGCCUACAACGACAAAAAGGAGCAUUACCCACCGUCGAUGAGGAGGGUUUUGGAGCUUAUUGAUAUUGAGAUGAGGAACCGAUCCACCGUGAAUGGGGAGAUCUUGAGGAUCCAGCAAGACGUACGGCAAAAGGUUACAGAGAGCGAGAGAGAGAUUCAAGAGAUGGACGCAGUUCUUGACUACUUUAACUCGAAUAAGGCAUUGCGAGAUUCGGUGUCUACGGUCUUUUCGAGCCGGACAGAGAUGUCUGGCAGUGCAAUCGACACUCCAGGCAGCUCGCCAGCAUCUUCGGUCAUAAAUAUGAGCCGCAAAGGCAGCGAGAACGGCCCUCACACGCCGAACGUUGGGAGAAAAUCUCGUCAAGGAAGCACGGCGAGUAGUGUACAGUCCGUAUCCUCCAACAGGAGGUUCUCGAGCCUACCAACGAGCGUCAGCGCUGUAAGUCACAUUCCUCGCCACUCCUUAGGUUCACGACUCGAGUCGAUGUCUAUAUCCCCUUCUCGCGGGAGCUCGCACACUCCUUCUGUGCACUCCAAUACACCCCGAUCUGACAGGUCGGAUGGUACAAAGCCCCGAUGGAACUCGUCUGUCAACAUGAAUGACACGAUCGUGGGGCACAACUUCAAGCCACUUUCGGCGACCACUCCGUCGCCCCAUCGGAAGUCUCCCGCUAUGCUUCGAUCGAUGUCGACACAAUCUGCCAUUCCCGUCCGCAGUCCGCUCAGUCAAUCGACGGCGUCACCUCCUACUUCGAAAACCCCUCGACCUUCGUCUACUACGCCCUCUCAACGACCGUCCGCCAGCAAGCGCACCUCUUACAUUCAGGCCCCCUCGACACCAUCACGGGUACCUGCCACCCGCACGAGCUCCUCGUCAAAACUGUCAGCCAGUGUCACACAAUCUGGCCGUCGCGUUAGUCCGAUGCCAGAAGCGCACGACGAGAAUGGCACGGUCGAAGAAAGCCCAACCACUCGACCGAAACUCGCAAGACCAUCGAGCUCAAUGAAUGGUCGGAGGGCCAGCAUGCUGCCGCAAGCUAAAACUCGGCCCACCAGCGAACGUGUCGUAAGUACCGGCGGCCGUGAGAGUCGUGUUGGCGGCAGGAUGUCCAGCAUGGGCAACAAUGCCGAUGCAGACCGG